UCCCGGUAGCUCUUAUAAAUUACAUCAAAUUGGUUAUCCUUGCCACAUCCUUCUCUUUGAAAAAGAAGCUGUAACUGCAUUUUUAGCCGUAAUGUCAGGACGCGGAAAGCAGGGAGGCAAAGCUCGGGCCAAGGCCAAGUCGCGCUCGUCCCGCGCUGGCCUUCAGUUCCCCGUGGGGCGAGUGCACCGCCUGCUGCGCAAAGGCAACUACGCUGAGCGAGUGGGGGCCGGCGCGCCAGUGUACCUGGCGGCUGUGCUGGAGUACCUGACCGCGGAAAUCCUGGAGCUGGCCGGCAACGCGGCCCGAGACAAUAAGAAGACGCGUAUCAUCCCUCGCCAUUUGCAACUAGCCGUGAGAAAUGAUGAAGAGCUCAACAAGUUACUCGGGGGUGUCACAAUUGCCCAGGGCGGCGUCUUGCCCAAUAUCCAGGCAGUCUUGUUGCCCAAGAAAACGGAGAGUCACAAGCCUGGCAAGAGUAAGUAAUUUGGAGGCUUGACACCAACCCCACUCACCCCAAAGGCUCUUUUAAGAGCCACCAAAGUGUCAAAUGAAGGGCUGAUCACGAAACAGCGCAUUAGCUCUUUUUUUGAAAACUUGGGUGGCUCUAAAAAGAGCCUUUG